AUGAACGCCAUAGCUGCGGACCAGCAGUCAAUCAUCCAUGCCUAUCGGCAACUUUAUCGGCAGGGCCUUAAAGCCGUCAAUUAUUCAACGCCCUCACGCCAUGUAUUUCUGGCGACUUUGCGUUCUUCGUUUCGCUCCUUACCAGCUCAAGAUUUCGAUUCCCGGCGCAUCAUCAAUACCUUGAACUUUCUCCAUAAAGCGGCCAAUAUUGCAGGUAUUGAGCAUAAAAUCGUUAGGAAUUUGCUCAUGAUCAAGUUUUGGGGUCAGCCCAAUGUGAGGUCAAAUAUGCGAAACUUGGGAGGAAUAGGCAUCAAUCAGAGUGAUCCAACCACGCAGAGGGAUGCAUGUGAACAAUGGAACCAAACAUUGAUGCUUCUGAAUGAGAGCUUGGGAACGUGUCUGAGAUAA